AUGAAUGCCAGCCUGGCGUUUUCCCCGGGCGACGAUCCCACCAGCGACGACCGCGCCGCCAAGCGCCUGUGGUUCUCGGUCACCGGCUCGCCCCAGGCGUUUGCCGGGCUGGCCAGUGACCUGGGUUCCAAGGGCGAGGAUUUCGCCGUGGCCGAGACCGACACGGUGAUCUACGGCGACUUCGGCAUCGUCCCCGAAUACGUCGACCGUCACGGCGCCACGCCGGCCGCGCCCGCCAACCAGAACCGCCUGGCCACCCCGAAUGGGCGCAAUAUGUCGAGCUUCUGGCGUGCCCGCGAUAACGUCUCGGCCAUCGGCGUGCACGGCGGCUACGGCCUGAGCGACGACUGGAAACUGCUCUGGCAACUGGAAUACGGCAUCUCGAUGAACUACACCGCGAGCGACGACAAAUCGGUGAACCCCUCGGCGUCCCCGAGCACCAAGUUGCGCAACACCGGUGCGGCGUUCAACAACACCGAUUACGGCACGCUGUUGUAUGGCGUGUGGGACAUGCCGAUGAAAGAAGCCACCACCACGCUCGAUCCGUUCAACGGCAAGACCAGCGCCGCGUACUUCAACAUCAUCGGCUCGCCGGGCUUCAGCGCGGGGUUGUCGACGAAUGUUGUCGGUCCGCAAAGCUAUGACGACACGGCGGUGAAUGGCGAUGCGGCGUUCAACCGGCGGCAGUCCGGCGUGGUGGAAUACUGGACGCCGGUGUGGAACGGCCUGCAGCUCAAGCUGGCGUACUCGAACAACGGCAUGAGCGUGGCCAAUGAUGUGGACAAGGGCUACGUCUACGGCACCAGCCUGACCUACAACAACGGUGGUUUCACCGCCGUGUUCGCGGCCGAGCGGCACAUCAACUAUUUCGGGAUUGCCGACCUGGGCCGCAACGCCCGGGGCCUGGGCAGCAGCACCCAUGUCACCGACGGCACCUCGUCGGACGAUUUCAGCUUCCGCUACGGCCUGGGCUAUGACUUUGGUGACACCGAACUGUCGGUGAUCGCCGAUGACCUGUCGUACUCCGAAGACGGGGUGGUCAACACCAGCACCACCUCCAGCGACCUGUCGCGCUACCGCCGCCGCGCCUACCUGGUGGGCGCCUCCCACAAGAUCGGCGCCUGGACCUUGAAGGCCAGCUACGGCAAGGCCCUGCCUGGCAAGUGCGAGAUGAUCGGCGCGGCCGCGCCCGACUGCGAUACCCACGGCAUGGGGGCCACCCAGUACGCCGUCGGCGCCAACUACAAACUGACCAAGCGCAUUGACCUGUUCGGCCAGUACGUGCUGUUGAAAAACAAUUCCCUGGCCAACUACAACUUCGCCCUGACCGGCGAGAAGGCCAUGAAGACGCAUCCAUCCAAAGCCGAAUUGCCGGUGCUCAAGCCCCUGAGUUUUGCCGUGUUGUGCGCCCUGUACAGCCUGGUGCCCAUCCCGGCGCUGGCCCUGGACAGCAACGCACUGCCCACCAACGGCCAGGUGAUCGCCGGCAGCGGGACCAUCGUCAGCAACGGCAAUGUGAUGACGGUGCACCAGGGCAGCGACAAGCUGAUCGCCACCUGGGACACCUUCAAUAUCGGCAGCGGCGCCCAGGUUAAUUUCCUGCAACCGGGCGCUUCCUCGAUUGCCCUCAACCGCGUCACCGGCAGCGACGGUUCGCAGAUCCUCGGGCACCUGAAUGCCAACGGCCAGGUGUUCCUGAUCAACCCCUCGGGCGUACUGUUUGGCGCCGGCUCGAUGGUGGAUGUGGGUGGCCUGGUGGCCAGUUCCCUGGACAUCUCCAACAGCGAUUUCAUGGCCGGUAAAAACGUAUUCGCCGGGCAAGGCAAGGGGGCGGUGAUCAACCAGGGCACCAUCAAUGCCAAAGACGGCGGCAGUGUCGCGCUGCUCGGCAGCCAGGUGCUGAACGAAGGCACAGUGGUCGCGCGGCUGGGCUCGGUGGUGCUGGGCGGCGGCGAGAAAAUCACCCUCGACUUCAACGGCGAUGGGCUGAUCAACCUCGAAGUCAACGACCCGGCAAUCGGCGCCAGUGUGGUCAACCGCGGGCUGUUGAGUGCCAACGGUGGCGCCGUGGCCAUGAGCGCCCGGGACUCCCAGGCGAUGCUCAGCAAUGUGGUGAACAACGAAGGCGUGAUCGAGGCCCGCAGCCUGGAACAGCGCAACGGCCGGAUCAUUCUCGACGGCGGCAGCAACGGGGUGGUGGUCAACAGCGGCGUGCUCGAUGUGUCGGGGCGCAAUGCGGGCGAGCGGGGCGGCAACGUGACCAUGACCGGCCAGUACGUCGGCCUGUUUGACAGCGGCCGUAUCAAUGCCGACGGUGAUAUGGGCGGCGGCACCGUGCUGAUGGGCGGCGACUAUCAGGGCGGCGGCAAUGUGCAUGAGGCCGACAGCACCUUCAUGGGCCAGGACGCGCACAUCAGCGCCAACGCCUUGAGCAGCGGCGACGGCGGCAAGGUGAUCCUCUGGUCCAAGGACAGCACCCAAUUCCACGGCGGCAUCAGCGUCAGCGGCGCUGGCAGCCAGGGACGUGGCGGGUUGGUGGAGACCUCCGGGCAUGCCCUGGAAAUCACCGGCAUCGUCGACCUCAGCGCAGUGUCCGGCCAGGGCGGUACCUGGCUGAUCGAUCCGUUCAAUAUCAACAUCACCAAGGGCGCCAGUUCCGGCACAUCCACCGGUUCGCCGUUCACGCCGAAUGCCGGUGGCAGCUCCAACCUGAGUUCGGCGACCCUCAACGCAUCGCUGUCCGAAGGCGCGAAGAUUCUUGUGUGCACCUCCUCGGGCGCCGGCACGUCGGGAGACAUCAACGUGCUGGACAACGUCAAGGGCGUGGGCAACGCUACCCUGACCUUGCAGGCCCACCGCAAUAUCGUGAUGACCAAUACCAGCAUCAGCGCCGCCGACGGCAAGACCUUGAACGUGUCGCUGUAUUCCAACUUCAACAACAGCGGCAACGGUUCGGUGGCGCUGAGCAACGCCACCAUCAGCACCAACGGCGGCAACCUCACCAUCAGCGGAGCGGUGCAGCCGGACCAGUCCUGGGCCAGCACCAACGUCAGCAACGGCACGGGGAUUUCCCUGAGCAACGGCACGCGGCUCACCACCAAGGGCGGCGACGUGAACCUGCGGGGCGCCACUUCUUCAACUCUGGCGGCGGGCUCCACCGCGACGGCGAUCACCAUCAGCAACAGCACCAUUGAUGCCGGCGGCGGCAAUAUCAGCCUUACCGCGUUGCAAGCCAGCAGCACCGGCACCGGCGAUGCGUUCGUGCUUACCGGCGCCAGCAAGCUGCUGACGGCGGGCGCGGGCUCGAUCACGGUGGACAGCACCAACCUGGGCAGCGGCAACGGCACACGGAUUUUCAGCACCAGCAACACCAUCGCGGCCAGCGGCAGCGGGAAUGUCACGUUGCGCGGCAGUGCCGUGUCGGGGUCCGGCGUGCUGGUGUGUUCGACGGCGGCGACUUCCGCGCAAACCCUCAGCGUGGGCGACGGCACCUUGACCAUUGAAGGCAGCAGCAGCUCGGGGCGUGGCGUGUUUAUCGCGUCUUCCGGCACCGGUACGGUCACGCUGAACGCGGCCCGGGGCGGUGAUAUUUUCAUCGAUGGCAGCAGUGACGGAGAUGCGGGCACGACCCUCAACUCCACCGGCACCGGUUCGGUGAUCAACCUGUCGACAGCCAGCGGCGACAUCACGUUGAACGGGCGCGCCGGGCCGGCUUCCAGUGCGGCGGGCCUGAGUAUUCGCAGCGGUGCGUCGGGCCCUGGCAAUGGGGUGAAUAUCCUUUCCGGCAGCGGCGAUAUCAGCCUGCAGGGUACGGCGCAAGGUUCGGGCGCCGGGAUUGCCUUCAGCGCCACCAAUGCCAAGGGCUACAACAACGUGAUGACCGGCGCCGGCGGCAAUAUCACCCUCAACGGCAGCGGCGGCGGUGCAGCCUUGAGUUUCGACCACGGCAACAACCUGCUGCAGGUGGCGGACGGGUUGCUGCGCCUGGACCUCGACACACCCUCCGCCAACUACAUCACCCACACCGACGACGUCACCACCCUGACCGCCAGCGGCAACGGCGCGGUGCUGAUCAGCCGUGGCGGGCUGAUCCACAACGGGCUGCUGGAAACCGCCAGCGAACCCACUCGCCAGUACCAGCAGGCGCAAGCCGUGGGCGGUGCCUGGAGCCAGCCGCUGGCGCCGGACUAUCACCUCACCGCAAUGGGCAGCGCCGCCGACGAGGUGAACAUCGACGUGACGUUCGAAUACCUGUGCUACACCCGCGACCACGAAGGCGGCGCCCGGGAGUUGGUGCGCCUGCUGCAGUUGAUCGAUCGCAACUACGGAAAACUGUCGGAGCAGUUCUCAUUGUCGGUGUCCCCGGCGAUCAGCCCGGGAGAGCUGGAAAGCCACGUGUUGACCCGGCUCACCAGCGCCAUCACCGCGUUGUUUUCCGACCCGGGUUUCAGCAUCAGCCCCAACGGUUUUGGCCAGCUCAUCAACCUGCAACGCUGGUUGUCAUCACUGUUUGCCGCCAGCGCCUUCGUCAACUGCGACCACAUCCUGCGCUCGCUGAACCUGCUGGGCCCGGGCGGCGAUUACCGGAUUGCCGAACAGGACCUGGUGAAGUUCUGCCUGCUGUAUUCCCCCGAGUCGCAAUUGCCGCUGGAUGUGGAACUGCUGUGGGCGCAAAACCCGACGCUGGCGGCGGCGCUGUUCAUGGCGUUGAUGUCGCCGCGCUUUCUCGGCACCCCGGCGGCCCAUUCCAAGCGCGAGGCGUUAUUGGCCUGGUUGCCGGGGCGCCUUGAGCAACUCGACAGCCUCGACGCGCUGCCGCUGAACGUGCUGCACGAUGUGUACAUGCAUUGCAGCUACGCCGACCUGCCGGAGCGGCACCGCAUCAAGGCCUCGAUCAAUACGCUGAUCGAACGCAAGCUGGAAAGCCUGGGCAUCCGCAGCGUGGUGCCACAAGCACCGGUCGCCCGGGAGAAGCCGCUGAUGCUGGUGCUGCUGGAAUGGUUUUCCGGCGGGCAUUCGAUCUACCGCACCCACUCGCUGACCCUGCAGGCCGCUCGACGGGAUUUUCACGUGGUCGCAGUCGGCUACGGCGCCAACGUGGAUGCGCUGGGGCGUGAAGUGUUCGAUGAGUUUAUCGAGCUGGCCCGGCCGGAUGACUUGUUCGCCUGCCUGCGGGAACUGACGGCACUGGCCGAAUCACGCCGGCCCGAGGUGUUCUACAUGCCCAGCGUCGGCAUGUUCCAGAUCACGAUGUUUGCCAGCAACCUGCGCUUUGCACCGUUGCAGGUGGCGGCGCUGGGGCAUCCGGCAACCACGGGUUCGCGGCAUAUCGACUGCAUCAGCGUGGAAGAGGAUUUUGUCGGUGAUCCGGCCUGCUUCAGCGAGCACCUGCUGCGCUUGCCUGCCGAUGGCCAGCCGUAUCGUCCGUCGGCCAUCAGCGUCGACCUGCCACGGCUGGAGCGGCUCGACGCGCCGGUGGUGAACAUCGCCAUUGCAGCGACCACCAUGAAACUCAACCCGACGUUUUUGCGCGCGUGCCAGGCGAUCGCCCUGAGCACCUUGCGCGAGACCGGCAAGCGCGUGCGUUUUCACUUUCUGGUGGGCCAGGCCCAGGGCCUGUUGUUCCCGCAACUGGUGCGCCUGAUCGAGCGCUACGUGGGCGAUGCCACGGUGUACCCGCACCAGCCCUACGCGGAUUACAUGGCCACCCUGAAUCGCUGCGACCUGUUCCUCAGCCCGUUCCCGUUCGGCAACACCAACGGCAUCAUCGAUGCGCUGACGGUCGGCCUGCCGGGCGUAUGCAAGACCGGGCCGCAGGUGUUCGAGCAUAUCGACGAGGGGUUGUUUCGCCGGGUCGGCUUGCCCGACUGGACCAUCGCCCCGACCCUUGAAGCGUACGUGCAGGCGGCGGUGCGCCUGGCCGGCAAUUACGCCGAGCGCAGUGCGUUGUACCGCCACCUGGCGUCGCCGCAGCCGUUGCAAACCUUGUUCAGCGGGCGGCCUGAGGCAUUGAGUGAGGCGCUGUUGGCCUACCAGCGA